AUGCCUGACUCCAUCUCCGAGCCCUUUACAAUUCCUCGCUACCACAUCCGCUCAUCCUCUACCCAACUAUCUACUCCUCCCUACAACCAGUCGCAGCAGCAAGCGGACACAGCCAUUGAACUGAGCAAUAUUCCAGCACAUUCAGCCCACAGAAGCUACACUAUAGACCCUACCAGUGAAAGUGAAAGCGGAGAGGAAGAGGAGCAGGAUUUGGACACGGACGAAUCUGAGCGCGACCUCUUAGUUGGCGAGCAUCAGAAUUCCCAGAUGAGGCGCUCAAGAUCCAAAAAGAACAAGCAGAAACGAUCGCCCUCUCGCUCAGAUUUGCGCAUAGACACUUCUCAGAACGGUCAUGCGAACGGGCAUGCGAAUGGGAACGCCAACGGUACCAUGGACUCACAUAUCGAGCUCAGGCGCAAGCACGUCUCGAGCAAUGACCCUGCAUCUAAUGUCACUCGUGUCAUGAGCAGGGACGACUUUUCCUUGGACAACGAACCUCCUCCACCGACACCCCAAACUCCUGGCAUGGUCAAUACCAGCUUCAACAAUCUCCCACCUACCGACAAGCGCAAUUUCCUUUUACUAGUUCUUCUGUACUUUUUGCAGGGAAUCCCGAUGGGCCUUGCCUCGGGAUCUGUCCCCUUUCUCCUCAAGAGCUACUUGUCGUAUGGACAAAUCGGUAUAUUCUCCCUCGCUGCAUAUCCAUACUCCCUCAAAUUACUGUGGAGUCCAAUUGUCGACGCGGUGUGGAGUCGACGCUUUGGUAGGAGGAAAAGCUGGAUUACCCCUAUUCAAACCGUAUCAGGACUUUCGAUGAUUUAUUUGGGAGGGGGCAUUGAUGAAAUGAUGAAAAAGGCGGGUGAGAACGAUGGGGGUGGUGUGUGGGGCUUCACAGGAUGGUGGUUCCUCCUUGUUUUUCUCUGUGCCACUCAGGACAUUGCCGUGGAUGGGUGGGCGAUAUCACUGCUGUCGAUGCAGAAUAUGUCUUACGCCUCCACGGCUCAGACAGUCGGCCUGACAGCUGGCUCGUUUCUAUCUCACACAGUCUUUCUUGCAUUACAGGCUCCUGAUUUUGCUAAUGCUUGGUUCAGAGCCGUGCCGAAAGAAUAUGGACUGCUUACUCUAGGCGGCUAUAUGACAUUCUGGGGCUGGAUGUAUUUGAUUGUGACUGUUGGGCUAGCUUUCUUGAAAAAGGAGGACAAGACCAAUGAACGUGACGGAAUUAUGGAAGUCUAUCGCAGCAUGUGGGCUGUGUUGAAGCUUCCAAAUAUCCUCAUAAUCAUUGCAAUCCACCUAGUGUCGAAGCUUGGUUUUGUUACCAACGAGGCCGUGACGAACUUGAAGCUUCUGGACAAGGGCUUCGGCCAGGCCAAUCUCGCCUUGGUGGUUCUAAUCGACUUUCCUUUCGAGCUCAGCCUUGGAUAUUACGCCGGCAAGUGGUCCACUGAGUAUACGCCAUUGAAGUUAUGGUGUUGGGCGUUUGUGGCCCGAUUAUUUGCUGCAGUCUUUGCUCAAUUCACGAUUAUGAUCUAUCCCACCGAGGUUGGCGAGGCUGUUCCUUUAUGGUAUCUGCUGGUAGUUAUCGCCUCACACAUCUACUCGACGUUUAUGAGUACAAUCAUGUUUGUUGCAUCGGCCGCUUUCCAUGCCAGAAUUGCAGAUCCGGCCAUCGGUGGUACAUACAUGACGCUCUUGGCUACGGUCUCGAAUCUCGGAGGGACGUUUCCCAAAUUCUUCAUCCUCAAGUUUGUCGAUGUCUUCACCAAAGCAACCUGUCUGCCGCCCACUGAUCCGAGUGGGUUUCAAAAGGCUCAUCCUGAUGUAACACCUAUCUCAUCGCCUUUUAGCUGUGCUCUUGAGGGUGACAAGAACCAUUGUCUGAAAGGCGGUGGCACAUGCCUCAUGCAGCGUGACGGCUACUACUUCACUAAUAUCAUAUUCGUUGUCCUUGGGGCCGUCUUGUUUUGGACGUUUAUAGAACGGAAGGCCCUCGCAUUGCAGGCAUUGCCGCUGAGGGCGUGGCGUGUGCAAGGGGAUCAUUCGUAUCAUCGUGUCUCGACUGGUUGA